CUGACGUCAUAUCCUUGAACUUUCGGCCAUAGUGCGCCAUAUUGAUUUGAAUGAGCGGGAUAUACCGCCUGCCAUUCCAAUGUCAUCGAGGAGUAAUAUAGCCUUUGGUAGACUUCCCAAUGAAAUGAAUGCAAUUUUAUAACAGUAUUCUUAAUUCUAGGAUCCAUAUUUUCUUCUCAUGAUGGCGGGCAAUGGUGGGGAUAUUCAGUGGUGUUUUUCGCAAGUGAAGGGAGCUAUCGAGACUGAAGACGUUACAGAACCUGACAUUAUAUCCUGUGUAGAAUUUAACAAUGAUGGUGACCUCCUGGCUACAGGUGACAAAGGUGGACGUGUUGUCAUUUUCCAGCGCGAUAAGGGCAAGAUUGGACUGCCUCUUCGUGGGGAAUAUAAUGUGUACAGCACCUUCCAGAGUCACGAGCCAGAGUUUGAUUAUCUGAAAAGUUUAGAAAUUGAAGAGAAAAUUAACAAGAUUCUUUGGAUGAAGAGGACCAAUCCUGCUAAUUUUCUACUCUCUACUAAUGAUAAAACUAUAAAGCUGUGGAAAGUUACUGAAAGAGACAAGAGGCCCGAAGGCUACAACCUGAAGGAUGAGGCAGGCAUUAUGCGAGAUCCUUCGACUGUGACAACGUUACGGGUGCCAAUGUUUAAGCCUAUGGAAUUGAUGGUGGAAGCUAGUCCUCGUAGAAUAUUUGCAAAUGCUCAUACCUAUCACAUCAACUCCAUAUCCAUUAACAGUGACCAGGAAACCUACCUGUCGGCAGAUGAUUUGAGAAUCAACCUCUGGCACCUGGAAGUGACUGACCAGAGUUUCAACAUCGUUGACAUCAAGCCAGCGAACAUGGAGGAGUUGACCGAGGUCAUCACGGCAGCCGAGUUUCACCCUCUGGACUGUAACUUAUUUGUGUAUAGUAGUAGUAAAGGGACAAUUAGACUUUGUGAUAUGCGCCAACAAGCUUUGUGUGACAAACAUGCCAAAUUGUUUGAGGAGCCGGAAGAUCCCACCAAUAGGAGUUUCUUUUCUGAAAUUAUUUCCAGUAUAUCAGAUGUAAAAUUUAGUCAUAAUGGACGUUACAUGGUGACAAGAGAUUACUUGUCUGUGAAAGUUUGGGAUUUACAUAUGGACACAAAACCUAUAGAAACCUACCAGGUGCAUGAAUACCUGCGCAGCAAAUUAUGCUCUCUAUACGAAAAUGACUGCAUCUUUGACAAGUUUGAGUGUUCAUGGAGUGGCGACGACAGGCACAUUAUGACGGGCUCCUACAACAACUUCUAUAGAAUGUUUGACCGUGAAUCCAAGCGUGACACGACACUAGAGGCAAGCAGAGAGAACAUGAAACCUCGUACAGUGCUGAAGCCACGCAAAGUGUGUACAGGUGGCAAACGCAAGAAGGAAGAGAUCAGUGUCGACUGUCUGGACUUCAACAAGAAAAUCCUGCAUACUGCUUGGCAUCCCAACGAAAACAUUCUGGCUGUGGCCGCCACCAAUAACUUGUACAUCUUCCAGAGUAAAGACUAGCAAUAAUAUGUGCUGAGCUCGUGUUGGUUCCCAGAGGCCCGUCACAGUCUCCUCGCUACAGCAAGUGGUUGACUGUAUUGACCAGCAAGAACAAGGAUGCAGAAUGAUAGUACACAUGAACAAAUUCAUGUCAUGUUUGUGCAGGGCAUAUAUUUUGUGAUGUAUGACUAGUAUUGUGACAUUGAUAUACAGUUGAACAAAUAGACAGUCAAAACCAGGAAUUUCGACCAAGUCUUGCCUCACUUGUGCACGUAGACUACUUAGCAGAUAUCAUCUAAAGUUGUUGGUAAUACUGUUUGCUUAGCAGAUAUAUUAUCGUAAGUUGUCAGUAAUACUGUCUCGGGGAAUAUUUCCUUUGUAAUCUCUCUGAAAAAAUUAUCAAAACUCUAUUGCACAGAAAAUGCCCCUAUCAUGUAAUUGUGACUAUAGUUAAUUACAAUUUUAAUUAGUGACAAUCAAGGUUUAGAGAUAUAUUGUAAAUAAUUUUUUCACUUACCGAUAUGUUCUCCAAAGGACGCCUUUUACAACUGUUAAAUUUGGAAGAAGAAUUAGGUUAAGGCGUGUAGAGAUAUCAAUUCCCAGACUACUAAGGUUCAGCUGUGUGUAAAUGAUUGAGACCCCGGUGCACACUGUUAUCAGGUCACAGGGAGUGUGUGUGUUUGUGUGGUGAGAGGACUGCAAUGUUAAAAUUCCGCUGGUCGGUGGAGAGAGCUUGUUAAAGUCUUGAUCGUAUCCACCAUGAACAGAUGUGGCAAUACUGUUUGCAUAAUUGGUUAUCGUUGUUUGGUGCAAAUUAGUUUUGUGUGCAGUAAAUAUUGUGUAUGGAAGCAAGGACUUUCCCAAUUUGUUCUGCAUGGUUGCUUUGCAUGUGUUUGGAAGCUGUUCCGAGUACAUACAAUUGAACUGUAUGAUAGGUCUAUUGCAUUUACUUUAAAUGGUUUCACACAUCUGAAGUAAUUGGUACUCAAUCUUCAUUCUCAGCAUUGAUUUUAGUUAUAAAAAAUAUGAAAUUGUUGUUUUUGUUUAUUUUGUGAACUUUUCUAGAAUCAAUUGCAGUAUAUAUAGUGCAGAUAUUUUGUAAUACUCAUUCAAUUUUUUUUAUUUUUUUUUGCUAUUUACUGAUUGCUAUAUCUCAAAAGUCUUCAUAGGUUUUUUUUUGGGGGGGUGUGUGGGGGGAGUAAUGUUUAAAAACUUCACCAAAGAUAACUGUUUACCUUAAGUACAGUAAUCUCUAUUCUCUGGCAUGAUGAUCCAACAGAAGUUUCUGGAUUCAGUUUGGUAUUCAUUAUUAUUUACAGGUUUUGUACAUUUUACCUUGAAAAUUUCAUAAUUUUGUUGAUGCUAUAUGAACACCUCAGGAAAAUUUCUUCUUUAUGUUGAAGGACCACCUCUUACGUACCCUCAUUAGGCUAUAGACGCGGUGUUGUAUAAUCCGUCAUGUACAGUAAUUGCUUUGAAAAUACUCGCUAUUGUAAAAUUUCAUUGUACUUUCAUUUCAAGGGGAUGUAUAAAUUUCUUUUCAAGGAGAGAAUAUUUAUUUUUAAGCUAAAUUCUGUGAGAAUGGUUUUAUAAGACCAGGAUAAGAUCAGUUCUGAAGCGGUAAAGGUACAUUAAUGGAUUGAUAUCGUGAAUAAUGAAGAUAUGCCUUGAUAAGAUAAGUGCUACUUUGAAUUCUGUUUUGUUGCCAAUAUUGUAAUUUUGUUUACAAGGAUUCUUCUGUGAUUUAUAUUUGUUAUUAUUUAAUAAUUGUUUGGUCACUUUCAGUUGAUAGUCCUUUUUAUAAGAAGUAAAUUGAUAAAAUUCCAAAUGAAAAUUGUCCACUUAGUUUGAAAAGAAAUAAAACAAAUAUCUGAUCAUUUGAGAAUGCGUAUGAUGGAGUUUUCCCUUCGAGGGUCAGUGAAGGACUUGUAUUGUUAUGUUGGCUGAUGGUGCUAAAGGAGCAUGGGAUUGUAUUAUUUACAAGUCGAGAUGUGUUCAGUUUUCCACAAGGAGAUGAAAGUCUGCUUAUAGUGCUUUGUUGAGUUAUUGAAAGGAAGAUUUUUUAUAAAUUUACUCUUGAGAACCGUCAUUAAGUGCUAACUUUGUUUGUCUGCCUUAACAUAAUGUGAAAAAUGAAAUUAUUACAAAACAAUACAGUCAAGCUGGUAGUUUUUGUAGGUGUAUAUCAAGGAAUUGAGAAACUUCAGUAUUUAUUUUCAUUAUAAUUUCUUGUUUGUAAGCAUUAAAUAAAAAUAUUUAUAUGAAGUGGUGGGGUUUAAUCUAUGCUCUAUGUAAUACUUUUUUUACUGCAGUAUCAGUAAUUUUGAUACCAAGCAAACUAGCAAUCAAAAAUCUGUUAAAAUAUUGAACAUCUAUGAUUGAAACAAGAAUCCCAGCUAAAUUUCCCCCUAAAUAUGGGAGCUAGAUUAUUCCCUGGAAUCGGUGUAAACAUCUUUGCCUGCAGUCCCAAAUACACAUUGUCUUUAAGUUGUACCAGUGUGAGUAGUGCAAGUUUGUAUGGAUGGCAAAUGGGUGAGUGAUGUAGAAAACCUCGUCAGAAAAUCUUGACCUGAUGAUAUUGACUAGUUAUCGGACAAACAUCAUAAGUUCGCUGAAGCUUGAAAGGCUGUACCACCAAAUUAUGAGGUAUCCCAUUACAUUUACCAUUUACUUGUUAUUGGCCCAGAAUGAAGUUGUUUGAUCGAAGACAAGUGUCCGUGUAUAAAACAUGAAUUGCCAUGGUGAGAGUGUGUGGGUACACAAUUGUUCUUGUUAUUUAGAAUGAAAGUUAUGCAUGCUGUUGCUGGAACUUGUUAUGAUCAUUCCCGACAUUGUAAGUCUGAUGUUGUCAGGUAUGUAUGGCCAAGUGGGCUGAUGUGGGUGGGGGACCAUUGGGUUAUUGGACAUGAUUGUUUUAUACAUGUUAAUUAAAGUAAUGUAUGUAUUAAA